AUGAUCAAAAAAGAACGUACUGCUGACAAUACCCGGCCUUUCAAACUAGCUCAUCAAAUUUUGAGCUUGACUGGAAUAAACUUUCAGCGUCGCAGUAUAAUUGGUUUUGUAGAACUGACUAUCGUCCCACUGAAAGACAACUUACGAUUCAUCAAACUCAAUGCAAAACAGUGUCGAAUCUACCGAGUAUGUCUAAAUGAUGUCUAUGAAGCUCCCUUCCAAUAUUUUGAUCCUUUUCUCGAUAUUUGCCAGGGAGAAAACAAUGAACGAUCUCUGGAACAGUUCUCGCCCGCCCACUUGUAUGCAGCCAACCAGAUAGACCCGGACCAUGCUGCUGGAGAGCUGCUGAUCAGUGUGCCGGCAGAGGCCCAAUGUGCGGUGCAGGAGGGCCGAGCUGUACGUGUGGGGGUGGAAUUCUCUUUAGAACAGCCACAGGGCGGAGUCCACUUUGUCAUUCCGGACUGUGAGGGGACGCUAGCCGAGAGAGGAGCGCACAUGUUCCACCUACAGUAUGAGAACUCAUCUCGGCUCUGGUUCCCCUGUGUGGACAGUUUCGCCGAGCCGUGUACGUGGCGACUGGAGUUCACAGUGGACGAGAGUAUGACAGCUGUUUCCUGUGGAGACCUGAUAGAGGUGGUCUACACUCCCGACAUGAGACGCAAGACCUUCCACUACAUGUUGACCACACCCGCCUGCGCUCCCAACAUAGCACUAGCUGUCGGGCCAUUUGAGAUAUUCGUGGAUCCAUACAUGCACGAGGUAACUCACUUCUGCCUGCCAGGACUCAUGCAGUCACUCAAGGUGUCAGCUCGUUACAUGCACGAGGCCUUCGAGUUCUACGAAGAGACUCUGGCCAACCGUUACCCUUAUCCUUGCUACAAGCAGGUGUUUGUUGACGAGACUGAUGUCUCUGUGGCUGCCUACGCUACUCUCAGCAUACUUAGCACAAAUCUCCUCCAUUCCAAUGCCAUCAUAGACCAGACUUACAUCACUCGCAAGGCAAUGGCACUAGCAAUCGCAGAGCAGUUCUUCGGCUGUUUUAUUUCCAUGCAGAACUGGUCUGACAUCUGGCUUCCCAAGGGUAUUGCCACCUAUUUGACUGGGCUCUACGCCAAGAAGUGCUUCGGGAACAACGCCUACCGCGAGUGGAUCCACUCGGAACUACAAGAGGUGGUGAAGUACGAGGAGCAGUUUGGAGGCAUCAUCAUGGACCCCAGCCAAGCCCCUGCCCCGGUCCCCUCUGUGGGGCCCGGUCCCCAACCUCCACCACGCCCUGUCGACCCAGGCUUCUACUUCCCCAUCAAGAACCUACACACACUCUCCCCUCGCUACAUAGAAGUUAUGAGGAAGAAGGCUCACCUAGUUAUCCGCAUGUUGGAGCAUAGAAUUGGCUAUGAGCUGCUGCUACAGGUGCUGAACAAGCAGCUGUCCCUGGCGUCCAAUGCUGCAGGCCAGAAGCAGUCCGCAGGCCUCUGGUCACACAUGCUCAUCAGUACAAACGUGUUCACCAAGGCCAUAUUUACUGUGACCGGGAAGGAUAUGGCAGUGUUUGUGGACCAGUGGGUCCGGACAGGCGGCCACGCCAAAUUCCAUCUCAGCUUUGUCUUUAACAGGAAAAGGAACACUGUAGAGCUGGAGAUACGACAGGACGCUACCCAACAAAGAGGGAUCAGGAAGUAUGUUGGGCCGCUGCUGGUGACCAUACAAGAGUUGGAUGGAACGUUCAAGCACACCCUGCAGAUUGAGGGCACUGUGGCCAAGGCUGACAUCACUUGCCAUUCGAAGAGCCGCAGGAACAAGAAGAAGAAGAUACCUCUCUGCACAGGAGAGGAGGUGGACAUGGAUCUCUCAGCUAUGGAUGCAGACUCUCCUGUAUUGUGGAUACGACUGGAUCCAGAAAUGACUCUGCUGCGUUGCACAGUAAUAGAGCAACCAGAUUACCAGUGGCAGUACCAGCUGAGACACGAACGUGAUGUGACGGCACAGCUCGAGGCUAUAACUGCCCUAGAGCACUUCUCCACCCCUGCGUCGAGGCUAGCUCUCACCGACACCAUAGAGAAUGACCAGGUCUAUGUCCAGGUGCGGUGCCGGGCCGCUCACUGUCUCACCAAGGUGGCUAAUGCCAUGGUCAGCAACUGGGCGGGGCCACCAGCCAUGUUGGCAAUCUUUAGAAAACUUUAUGGAUCGUUCUCGUGUCCGAAGAUCAUCCGUCAAAACAACUUCCAAAACCUACAACACUAUUUCUUGCAGAAGACAAUCCCAGUGGCAAUGGCAGGGUUGAGGAACAGCCACGGAAUAUGUCCCCAAGAAGUGAUCCAGUUUCUACUUGACCUGUUCAAGUACAAUGACAACUCCAAGAACCGGUUCUCAGACAAUUACUACAGGGCAUCACUAAUCGAGGCUCUGGGAGCUUCUGUCACUCCAGUGAUAUCUGUCAUACAACAGGGGACUGAAAUAACAGCAGAGUCACUGUCUGUAGACACUAGAUUAGUGUUGGAGGAGAUCACAAGGAAUCUUAAUCUGGAGAAGCUUCUGCCCUGCUACAAGCUAACUGUUACACAGGCUUGUCUCCGCGCUAUCAGAAAACUUCAGAAGUACGGACAUCUUCCGAGCAUCCCCACCCUGUUUCGUACCUACGCGGCUUAUGGCCAGUUUGUCGAGGUGCGACUGACAGCUCUAGAGAUGCUGGUGGAUUUCACUGGACUGGACGGCAAGUGGUCAGACCUGGAGUAUCUGCUUGAUAUGGCGGAGGAGGACCCGGAUCCCGGGGUGAGGUCAGGCCUAGUGCGACUGUUGUGUGACAACCCCCCCUUCCACCACUCCCACACUCACCGACACCGACUGGACAGAGAGGAUCUAGUCAACCGACUAUGGAACCUGUUCAACUGUAUGUUGUCCCACGACACCCGGAUGCGGUGCUCUAUGGUGGAUCUCUACUACGUGUUGUACGGAAAGAAGAGACCCACCUGUCUGCCCAUCCCUGAACUGGCUGCUCUUCUAAAGCCUCAACGAGUCGAUUCCUUCAUAGAAUCCGAAUUGUCGGUGAUGAAGCCGUCACAAAGUCAGCCCGAGGCGAUGGAUGUGUCGAUGUCCCUCAAACGCAAGGCGGCAUCACCACUCAAAGAGCUGGAGGUAGUUACCGCCGACGACCUUGGAGUUGCCACCGUGGAGGUCAUCGGUGCCGACGAUACCAACAAAUCAUCCAGGAGCAAGGACGUGGGCGAGGCAGGACCCAGCAAGGUGAAGACCGAGUACUACUCAGAAAACUCUGCCUCCCUCCCCGGCAUCAGUGGUACUGGGGGUCCUGUGGGGUUCGAGCCAGGAAUGUUCAACAAGGAGGACAAGCUGAAGAAAAAGAAGAAAGACCGUAAAAAGCACAAACAUAAACAUAAACACAAACAUGAUCAUAAACACACCAAAGAGAAGGAAAAGGAUAAAGAGAAGAAAGACUUGGGAAAGUUAAAGAUAAAGGAAGAGACACUGAGUUCGGCGAGUUCGAGUCCCAGCCCUCCAGCGAGUUCUGCCAGUAAAGAGUUCACGUUCUGACAGCCAGCAGAGAGUUUCAGUUCUGGAACUUAUGUGAUCUCGAGUUUACUGUGAUUGAAAAAUAAACAGUUUUUACGCUUGUAGACAAAUCCAGAAAAAUAAAUAUUCUUCUUUAGUUUUUGUA